AGGUGUGCCGAUGAAAAUCCAACGACUCCACAGCUCUUGCACGUGAUAUGCCUUUUGUGCUGUAGUUCAAGACAAUUCUUUUGUGGAGCGUGGAGCGAAAACGGAAGUUGAAUGACGAAUUCUGUUUCGUAUUGAGGCUUUGCUUUUGAAGAAGGAGUUCUGUAGAUAAUUCCAGCUGACUCACGCACGAUUGAACACUUCACACCACACCCACACUUCAUAGGGCCGUAAUCGCGCAUACAGACCUUGGUCCUUGUUACGACAGAGAUAAUGGCAGAAACAAAAUCCGUCCUCGUAUUUGGUGCCACGGGCACAAUCGGCACGUACAUAUUCGAUGCUAUUCUCGCAGCAAGUCCUCCUUUUGAGCGAGUCGGUAUCUUCACCUCGGCAGCGACUGCGGAGUCGAAAAAGCAGCUCGUCGAGGAACUCAAAGCAAAAGGCGUCCACGUCCAUAUAGGUGACAUCAAGAACAAGGACGACAUAUCCAAAGCCUAUUCAAACGGGUAUGACACUGUCGUUUCUGCGAUCGGACGAGCUGCAAUUGCCGACCAAAUCUUGCCGCUUGAAAUUGCCGAGCAGACCGAGAGCGUCAAGAAGUUCUUUCCCAGCGAGUAUGGCACAGACAUAGAGUAUGGUCCAAAGAGCAAGGACGAGCCGCCGCAUCAGCAGAAGCUGAAAGUGAGAAAGUACAUACGGGAGAACAUCAAACGGCUGGAGUACACCUUCCUUGUUACGGGGCCGUUUGCCGAAUUUUACAUCGGGAAGCCAUUCGGCGCCGGUGGCUACGAUGUUAAAGCAAAAAAAGCCAUAUUGCUGGGGACGGGAAAAGAGAGAGUCAGCCUGACAACCAUGCCAGACGUUGGCAAGCUCUUGGUGGCCGCUUUGAGGCAUCCUGAAGCAUCAAAGAACAAGGCUCUGAUCGUGAACUCGUUCACCACAACUCCCGAGGAGAUCUUGGCCGAGUAUGAGAGGCAGCUCGACACUAAGUUUGAGGUUCAGAUCAUUUCGCUGGAGGAGCUCAGGAAAAUGGAAAAGGAAGCGUGGGAAAAGGUCGGUCUGGGUGCCACUGGCCUCAUCCUCAAACGAAUUUGGACAGAGGGAGGCACCCUUUACGACCAUCGUGACAAUGAGAAGAUUGGAUUCACGAGUCCAGAUACGUUGGAAGUCGCAGUCUCCAGAGCCAUCAAGGCACAGACUGAAUGAAGUACGAUAUGAUUUCAACACGCCAUACAUGGCAAAACUGUAUGUUUUGAAUUACACUUAAUGAAACGUCCGAGCGCGG